ACUUGCCCAAAGUAAAAGUGAUUAAUGAGAAAGUGCAGCUCACGCUCCAAGGGGAGCGUGGAAAGGAAAAGGCAUCCUCUGGCACCCCAAAAAGCAAGAACAAUUUUGAAAUGAAAAGGCAUGGUCACGCAACAAGAAAGAAAGAAAGGAGAAAAAAGUAAAGAGGACAAAAAGCUUCCGUCCCUUCUUCUCCUUAUUAAACACCCCCACCCCUCCUGCCCUUUUUCCAGCCUCCAUUUCUCUACCCUUCCCUCUUCUUCCCACCAGCUCGCUCUCUCUCUCUCUCUCUCUCUCUCUCUCUCUCUCUCUCUCUCUCUCGUCGGAGACUCGCCGCUUCUCGUGACACAAUCUGAAACCAUAUCCAGCUCCAUGAGCUCACAAUCCUUCAGAAUAAAGUUUUGAUUUGUUCUCUUCUUCUGCUGACCCCUUUUCUCUCAUGACUUCUCUCUCUCAUCGCCAUCUCUCUCUGCGUUUCCCACGACGAUGCGGUCUCCCCAGUCGCUCCGGAACGGCGAGUCUCCGUCCCCCCACCCCCGAAUAGCCUCCACGCCUCCUCAUUUCCAAUCCACCGUGACCCUCCAGAAGCUCCGCCGAUUCAACACCCUCAUUCUCGUAUUCCGCCUCGCCGCCUUCUGCUUCACCCUCACCUCCGCCGUCUUCAUGCUCACCAACUCCCGCGACGCCGAUUCCCCCCGCUGGUACGAUUACGACGCCUUCAGGUUCGUACUGGCUGCGAAUGCAAUAGUGGCGGCGUACUCGAUGUUCGAAAUGGGGGCAUCGGUGUGGGAGCUAUCCCGGGGCGCGACGGUGUUCCCGGAGGCGCUGCAGGUGUGGUUCGACUUCGGUCACGACCAGGUGUUCGCAUACCUGCUGCUGGCGGCUGGCGCGGCGGGGACGGCGCUGGCCAGGACGCUGAGGGACAACGACAUCUGCUCAGAAUCCGGCGCCUUCUGCGUGCAGUCGGAAAUCUCGAUCGCCAUGGGAUUCGCGGGAUUCCUGUUCCUGGGGCUCUCCUCCCUCAUCUCCGGUUUCAGGGUCGUCAGCUUCCUCAUCAACGGCUCUCGUUUUCAUCUGUAGACUAGGCAAAUUUUAGGUGGAGGAAUAUUUGGGUAGAGCCGAGUGAUGGUUUCCAUUUUUUCUAUCCAGCGCCGUACUCCUAACCCCUCUGUUUUGUCUUCAAGAUUCAAUGUUUUUAGGGAUGCUGUUUUUGUUUUUGUUUUUGUUUUCGUUUUUGGUGCUGUAUUUGAUGUGGAUGUGCAUACGAGAGAGGGUGAAGUUUGUGUGUGUAUUUAUUCUUUCAAUGACUUACUAAUUUUUAUUUUUUAAAAAGAAGGGUUAUUGUUAGAAUAA